CAAGCAAAAAUUGAACUUCCGGUUCCGAUUUGCACCGACUCCAUGUGGUAGCGACCUUGGCUAUCGCUUACUGCGAAUCUUGUGUAACAGCAACCCUUAUAUUUCAAAUACAAGAUGUCAGGAUUUUUCUCAAAGCUAGGAGCACUUGGUGUUGCUGUUGCGGGCAUUGGUAGUGUUGUAAACCUUGCACUUUACAAUGUUGAUGGAGGACACAGGGCAGUACUAUUUGACAGAUUUAGAGGAGUCCAGGAAAAAGUUUCAGGAGAGGGAACUCAUUUUCUAAUUCCCUGGGUACAGAGACCUAUAAUAUUUGAUUGUAGAUCACGUCCCCGAAAUGUUUCUGUGAUCACUGGUAGCAAAGAUUUACAGAAUGUAAACAUCACACUCCGUAUUUUGUUCCGCCCCGUUGUGAAUGAGCUGCCAAAAAUGUACACAAAUCUCGGUCUGGAUUACGACGACAGGGUUCUCCCGUCCAUUACAAAUGAAGUGUUAAAAGCAGUUGUGGCACAGUUUGAUGCUAGUGAAAUGAUAACACAGAGAGAAAUUGUUUCUCAGAAGGUCAGUGAAGAACUGAUUACUCGCGCCUCACAGUUUGGAAUCAUUCUGGAUGAUAUUUCAUUAACACAUUUAACAUUUGGAAAAGAAUUCACGCAAGCCGUAGAAAUGAAGCAGGUCGCACAACAAGAUGCAGAGAGGGCUAGAUACAAUGUAGAAAAGGCUGAAAUGGUGAAGCGAGCUGCUGUCAUUUCAGCAGAAGGUGACGCCGAAGGUGCUAAAUUGCUGGCGGAGGCUUUCAAGAAUUAUGGCGACGGUAUCGUAGAACUCCGUAAAAUGGAAGCAGCUGAAGAAAUCGCAAGCGACCUGUCAAAAUCACGAAAUGUGACCUAUUUACCUACAGGACAGCAGACUUUACUAGCACUGCCUCAGUAAACUUAUGAUUUAGACAAUUACGUGGAUUUUAUGAUUGUGAUUGACUGACUGUAUAAAUACACAUGUAUAUUUAAAUAUUUAGAUAUGCAUUGUGUUCAUAUGUCUGGCCAAGAGUGUAUGGGUUUAAUUGACACUUGAGUUGAUUAACAUUUAGAGAAAUGCACAUAUUGGCACAUUAUAUUUCAGGCAUUUACUGUGGUUUCAUUUUGGUUGACCAGUAUGCCUUUAAAGUUGUAUGGAUGAUGAACAUAUUAUGAACAACCAUUUUGAUGAAAAUAAAAAUGAAUGUAACUUA